AUGUCCCACCCUCAGUCAGUCUUUUCUCAGUCUGCCUUUACCGGCAAGACUUUGUUGUCUGUCAGGAGAGACACCAUCCGCAAGACUUCUAUCCAUACUCAGCUUGAACAGUUGAAGACGACUGGACGUUAUGACUGCUUCAAGCUGAAAUGGCACCCCAUCUAUGAUGACCACGCCAUGUGGCCUGUUCCUUUCCACCUCUUCUGGGAUAGUGAUAUUGCCAAGUGGAUUGAGGCAGCCUGUUACUGGCUAGGGGAGAACUAUGAUGAGGAAAUUGACAAGGCCGUUCAGGAGCUUGUCGAGAUGAUUCGUGGUGCCCAGCAUGUGGAUGGCUACCUCAAUGUCCACUAUACGGUUGUCGAGCCUGACAAGCGAUGGACGAACGUCAAGGAUAUGCACGAGCUUUACAACGCUGGUCAUCUUCUCGAAGCUGCCCUUGCCCACAAGAGUUACUACAAGAAUGACCUCCUAAUGGAACCCAUCCUCAAAUACAUCAACCACAUCGACAAGACUUUUGGCCCUGCCGAGAACCAACUCCACGCCUAUCCCGGACACCCAGAGAUCGAACUCGCCCUCUUCCGGCUAUACAGUGCCACCGGCAGCCAGCAGGCUUACAACCUCGCCAAGUACUUCCUCGAAGAAAGAGGUAACCCCAAGGGUCAAGACGGGAAGCACUACUACGUGUGGGAGACGGAGCAGCGAAAGGAUAACUUUUGGGCUCGGCCUGAUUCUUAUCCUGAGCAUGACUCGUAUUGGGUCAAUCAGGCUCAUCUCCCAAUUCUCGAACAAAAGACCAUUGAAGGGCAUAGUGUUCGCGCCGUGUAUCUCCUGGUUGCUGUGGCAGACCUGAUCUACAACCAUCAAAUCAAGAGCCAAGAGAUUUCCGCUCCCAAGGAGUGGACUGAGGCUCUGUCCCGCCUUUGGGAUAACAUGGUCGAUCAAAAGAUGUACCUGACUGGUGGAAUCGGUUCCAUCAAGCAGUGGGAGGGCUUCAGCGUUGACCACUACCUUCCCCAGUCCACCGACGAAGGAGGUUGUUACUCUGAAACUUGCGCCUCUAUCGCCGUCAUGAUGCUAGCAGAACGACUCCUUCACCUUGACCUCGAUGGGCGCUACGGUGAUAUCCUUGAGCUCAGUCUCUACAACGUGGUCAUGACAGCCAUGAGCCUGAAUGGCAAGGAGUUUACAUACGUCAACCAACUUGCCAGCUCAGAGGCCGACAAGAGUGUUCGAUACGACUGGUUCUGGUGUGCUUGCUGUCCUCCCAACCUAGCGAGAUUGUACGGAAGUCUGGGAGGUUACCUCUGGGACUAUGGAACUCAGGACGGAGGGGCAUACGUCAACGUCCAUCUUUAUACGUCUGCAAAGUUGACAUUUGAGGCUGGCAGAAAGACUGUUGUUCUUGAGCAGGAGUCCAACUGGCCUCUCGAGGGAAAGAUCAAGUUCCAGCUUUCGGCGCCCGAGACUCAGACCACGAUCCGUCUUCGGCUGCCCGCGUGGGCCCAAGGCCAAUACACGCUGACACCAAGCCCAAGUGCAGACCAAGUUAGCAUCUCCAAGGGGUACAUUAGCCUCAGCCCUGCUUACCUCUCGGCCAACCCAUCAUUCACUCUCGAAAUUGGCAACUUUGAGCCACGAUACAUUUCACCACACCCUCAUACCAACCAGAACACCCUAACCCUGGCUCGCGGGCCUAUUAUCUACUGUGCCGAAGACGUCGAUAACGACUGGGAGAAGAGCCACUUCAAGGACGUCAUCCUCAAGCGAAAUACUACGGUCACCGAAGAGAAGCAGGUGAGCGAGCAGACUGGCGAAGAGUACAUUGUGCUCAAAUCAAAGUGUUGGCAGAGGCAACUGGCAAACUGGGACUCAAAGCCUCGGGGUGUAACACCCGGGAUGACAGCAGCUGAUCAAGAGGUGGGAGAUGAGCGGGAUAUUAUCUUUGUGCCAUACUACUUUAGAGCCAACAGAGGAGGCAACGGACAUAUGAGGGUGGGAUUCUUGAAGGGUUAA